AGGCAGCGGAAGAGGAAGGGGCGGGCAACGGCUCCGAGUUUAGAAGAGUCCUCUUUUGAAAGGUCGGUGUCUGCUACGAUGACAUCCUCUGGAUCUGUAGCCCCGGAGGUUCCCUUUGAUCCAUCUCAGCCCCCAGUCAUUGAAGGCUUCUCCCCCAGUCGGAACUUCUUGCGAGAUGAGAGCGUCAGAGACAAAUUCCGACGCAAGAUCCGUGAGAACCCGGUGGUGCCCAUAGGUUGUCUGGCCACGGCUGGAGCCCUGUCCUAUGGACUCUACUGCUUUCAUCGGGGCAACAGCCAGAGAUCCCAAAUGAUGAUGAGGACCAGGAUCUUGGCUCAGGGCUUUACAGUGAUGGCCAUUCUGGGGGGCUUGGUAGUCUCAGCAGUAAAAUCACCCAGGCCUCACUGAGGCCUUUGAAAGAAUCAGUGACCAUUUUGCAGGGGACUCACGAAGCUUUCCAGAGAGGGAUUGGAGGAUUUCUUGGCCCCAUGCUGAAGCCAUAUCUAAUGGUACUGAGUGACUCCUGUGUUUCCCUCAGGCAGAAUUGUUGAUAAUGUAAUGGAUUUUUUUUUUUCAUUAAAGAAUGAACUGAGUUUGGAUUUGAGAACACAA